UUUGGUAAUCCAAAGGCGGCAGCACUGAUGGAGACAAGCUUCAUUUUUCUACGUCGGUUGAAAGAAGUGAAGAAAAAGUCAAUUCUCGACUCGGAUAUCAGAGAAAUGAGCAAUUGCACCCGCGACGGGAAGUAGUUGAAGCGUCUCCGUCGUUUAUUUGUUUUAUGUGGCGUCGAUUCCAGCGCGUGCCACCGUCCUAUUCGUUUAUUUGCGUGCUUAAUAGUUUUAGAGCAGAACUUCCCCUGCAAAGGGGAGUGGAGUGCUGUGUGGAGAAAGGGGGCGCGGAGUGCUGAACGCGCAGACAGCGCGGAAUCGAUAUCGAUGGUACGCACCAAAAACCAGUCCUCCUCCUCCAGCGCCAGCAGCAGUAGCACCAAAUCGCCAAUCAAGUCCAGCGCCGGAGCCGGAUCGGGGGGCGCCAGCGGACGCCAGUCCACGCACCGCUCCUCGAGCGCCUCCAACGUAGCCGCCGCCGCCGCCGCAGCAGCCGGAGCUACCUCGUCUGGCGCCGCCUCGUCAAAUCGUAGAACGACGCCGGGUAGCUCGCCCGACGGCGACGACGACACCACCACCACCGAUGACCUGACCCCCACCUCGUGCUCCCCGCGCAGCGGCCACCACCACCACCAGUACAUUGGCUCUUCGUCCUCCGUGCACAAGCAGAACCUUUACGUUGUCUCGUUCCCCAUCAUCUUCCUCUUCAACGUACUACGCUCGCUGAUUUAUCAGCUGUUCUGUAUCUUUCGCUACUUGUACGGAGCGAGCACAAAGGUGAUUUACCGCCCGCACCGCCGCGACUGCAACAUCGAGAUCGUGGUGCAGAACUCCAAAGAGCAGCAGCAGCAGUCGCUCAACCAUCCGCUAGAACUCAACGGGGAAAGAGUUGGCCAGGAGCAGCAGUUGUCCAAUCAGCCACAGCGCUACCGCGCCAUUCAACCGCUUGAAAUGUCUGCCAAUCGUCCCGGUGGUGGAUACUCGCCCGGCCCCGGUGAUCCGCUACUGGCCAAGCAGAAGCACCACCAUCGCCGGGCCUUUGAGUACAUCUCCAAGGCGCUCAAGAUCGACGAAGAGAAUGAAGGUCACAAGGAGCUGGCCAUUGAGCUCUACCGGAAGGGCAUCAAGGAACUGGAGGAUGGCAUCGCCGUAGACUGCUGGAGUGGUCGCGGGGAUGUGUGGGAUCGGGCUCAACGGCUGCACGACAAGAUGCAGACAAAUCUUUCGAUGGCUCGAGACCGACUUCACUUUCUGGCACUGCGUGAGGAGGAUAUCCGAUUGCAGCGGCUCUCCUUGAAGGAGAAGCAGAAGGAGCACAAGCAGCAGGCUCAGAGCCAGCCGCAAAAGUUCAAAGAACCCAUGCUGGCGGGAAUGAGCAACAACGAGACCGCGAAGUCCAGGGUGCGCAGCAGCGGCUACGGUCCAAAACCCACACCCACCGUCAGUGUCCAGCCCAGCGCUUCGGGCCGCAAGCUGACCAUCGGAACCAAGCGGCCCGGCAAUUUGGCCGUUGCCAAUAAGUCACAAACGUUACCGCGCAAUCUUGGCUCCAAGACGUCCGUUGGCGCUGUCCAAAGGCAACCGGCCAAGACGGCUGCCACGCCCCCUGCCGUACGGCGCCAGUUUUCAUCGGGUCGCAAUACUCCGCCCCUGCGCUCCCGAACUCCCAUAAACAAUAACGGUCCCAGCAGCAGUGGCAGUGGCGCCAGCACUCCCGUCGUAAGUGUCAAGGGCGUGGAGCAGAAACUGGUGCAGCUUAUUCUCGACGAGAUUGUCGAGGGCGGGGCCAAGGUGGAGUGGACGGACAUUGCGGGCCAGGAGGUGGCCAAGCAGGCCCUACAGGAGAUGGUCAUACUGCCGUCCGUUCGACCUGAGCUCUUUACAGGUCUUCGUGCUCCUGCCAAGGGAUUGCUGCUUUUCGGUCCACCCGGUAAUGGCAAGACCUUGCUGGCGCGUGCCGUGGCCACCGAAUGUAGCGCUACAUUCCUAAACAUCUCGGCGGCCUCGCUGACCAGCAAGUAUGUGGGUGAUGGCGAAAAGCUGGUGAGGGCUCUGUUUGCUGUGGCCCGACACAUGCAGCCCUCGAUCAUCUUCAUCGACGAGGUGGACUCGCUGCUCUCGGAGCGAAGCAGCAGUGAGCACGAGGCGUCGCGCCGCUUGAAGACCGAGUUCCUGGUGGAGUUCGACGGGCUGCCGGGAAAUCCGGAUGGUGAUCGCAUUGUGGUGCUGGCCGCCACCAAUCGACCGCAGGAACUGGACGAAGCCGCCCUGCGACGGUUUACUAAGCGCGUCUAUGUCGCACUGCCCGACGAGCAGACCCGCGAGCUGCUCCUCAACCGCCUGCUGCAGAAGCAGGGCAGUCCGCUGGACACGGAGGCUUUGCGCCGGCUAGCCAAGAUCACCGAUGGUUACUCGGGAUCCGAUUUGACGGCUCUGGCCAAGGACGCGGCUCUGGAGCCCAUUCGCGAGUUGAAUGUGGAGCAGGUGAAGUGCCUGGACAUCAGUGCGAUGCGGGCGAUCACUGAGCAGGACUUUCACAACUCGCUGAAGCGCAUCCGGCGUUCGGUGGCCCCGCAGAGCCUUAAUUCCUAUGAGAAGUGGUCGCAGGACUACGGCGACAUUACAAUCUAGUCGGGCCAGCUGUGAUGUGAGUUUCAGAAAGUUCACUAGUUUUCUCAUCAUGUGACCCCAUUUAAGGAUCGGUUCCAUCCCGUAGUCUUAUCCUUUUACCAAACAUUGUAAGCAAAAGCAGUUGUGAGUUAUUUAAUAUGAUUUCAGUGUGCUUUAGACUAAGAAUAUUUUGUAUUUUCCUUACGUUUUACCGUCAUGUCCCUGUGAUGUGAUCCUUGUCAUGCGGCUCUCCAUUACCGUUAUACUCAUUUAACCUUAGAAUAACCAUACUGACUAGCGGAGUUGCGAGUUUAGUAACACGACUAGUUAGGCCCGAUGUCCACUUGGGGUUAGUAUUGAAGGCAUUCCAUUUAGUUUGGCUUUUUUCUGUUUACAACAGUCUGUAUAACCACUUCCAGUGUAUUCUUAAAUCAAUAGAGCGUAUUUUUGUUGUACAUUCAGUGACCCAUCUACGAAAGCUAUAUGUAAUCUAGUCGUAAGCGUAGUUGUAAGACCGAAGAGAGAUACAUUUACCAGCCCAGAGUCAGAUUUAAGUUUUAAUGGUUAUCACUCCUCCGUAUCGAUAUAGACUAGACUUAGUUCCUUUGUUUUCAAUCUAUGUAUGUACCUACGGCCAUAAAUACAAUCGUCUCCGAAUCAUCA